AUGUUUACUCCUAAUGCGGAUUAUGGGCUUCGUGCAAGUAUUUGUCAAUGUUUGGGAGUGCAGGAGGUGGAUAAUCACGGUAAUUAUCUUGGCGUGCCUUCGGUCAUUGGCAUAGAUAAGAAAUUAAUUUUUAAUUAUGUGGUUGACAAAGUGGCGAAGCGUAUCCAAGGAUGGAAGACAAAAUUUCUUUCUAAGGCUGGGAAAGAUAUUCUUUUGCGUACUGUUGCACAGUCAGUUCCCAAUUAUAUUAUGUCAUUGUUUUUGUUACCGGUGGAUACUUAUAAAGAUAUUGAGACUAUAAUGAAUGGUUUCUUUUGGGGAAAUGAGAAAGACACUGGUGGUGGUAUAAGGUGGUUUCGACGGAAACAGUUUGCAGUUCUAAAGGGUUGGAGGCUUUUGAAGUAUCCUAAUACUUUGGCUUCUAAAGUUUUAAAGGCGAAGUAUUUUCCCCAUUUUGAUUUUUUCCAAGCUCCUGUGGGUAAUGGUCCGAGUAAGAUUUGGAGAAGUAUUUGUGCUUCUCGCUCUAUUUUAACUUAUGGCUGCAGGCGACAGAUUGGGGAUGGGCGUUCCACUCACAUUUGGACUAAUUCUUGGAUUUUAGAAGCAGGUGAUCUUUAUAUUCGGACUGAGGUUGCUAAGAACAUAACUUUUGUUAGGGUUUCCGAUUUGAUUUUGAAUAGGACGUGGAAUGCCAAGUUAAUUUGGACUCAUUUUCAGCAGCAUGAUUCUGACAACAUUUUGCGUAUUCCUUUAUCUCUUAGGGAAUGCGAUGAUGAUUGGUGCUGGGCUUUAAAUCGAAAGGGUGAGUAUGUUGUGAAGGAAGGCUAUCGGGUGGCAAUGGAGGAUAAUCUUGCUGAUGUAUCUAACCAUAGUUUUCCAUGGCAUCUCAUAUGGAAAGUUGCUAUUCCAGCUAAGGUAAAGCUUCUCAUUUGGCGUAUUUUACGAAAUGCUUUGCCUUGUAAACAUAAUCUUCGAGUUUGUCAUAUGGAUAUUGAUGAGUGUUGCCCCGUUUGUGGUGUUGGUAUGGAAACAAACUUUCAUGUUCUCUAUUGUUGCUCUUUUGCAAGAUCUUGUUGGUUGCUGUCAAAUUUAGGUUGGAUAUCUUUUUCUUCUCUCAACACUAUGUUGUCUUAUGUUCUUACUUCAUUGUCUGUGUCUCAACGUGAAGAGGUUUUUAUGUUGAUAUGGAGCUUGUGGACACACCGUAAUGAUGUUGUAUGGAAUCAGAUUUUUCAGCAGCCUAUUUACGUGGUUAAUAGGGCUAGAGCAGUGUUGGAAGAAUGGCAGCUGGCUCGGUUACAUUUUAGAGUUACAGAUUCUGGUACUAAACCACUAGCUGCAGCAGCUAAUGGUUCAUAUAGGUUGGGAAUGGUGGUCCGAAAUUCAUUGGGGUACUGUUGUGAAGGUCAACUUAUGGUCGUGCCUGGUUUAAUGGAUCCUCUAUUGGGUGAAGUGUUAUGUUUUAGGGAGGCAUUGAGCUGGUUGAAGUCUAACAAUUAUUUUCCAGUUUGUGUGGAGACGGAUUGUGAGCUGAUUGUUAACGCUUUGAAUUCUUCACACUCUGAUUCUUCACACUCUGAUUCUUCAUAUUUUGAGUUGAUGAUUAAUGAUUGUAAGGAUCUUCUUCAUGAGCUGUAG